AUGAAUAAAACCACGAUUGAACAUUUCCCUAAUGAAUUAUUACUGGAUCUUUUUGAAUACAUCGACAUUCGAGAUCUAUUCGAUGGAUUUUGGAAUUUGAAUACUCGAUUCAAUCAUCUUCUGCGAUCUUCACAUAAGCUGGCAUUGAACCUUGAAAGGAACGAUCAAAACUCGAUAGACUUUUUUUCAAACCAAAUUACUCAACUCAUCUUGAACACAUGGGAAAAUGUCGAUCUCAAGCAAUUCCCAAAUGUACAAUCGCUUAUCAUACAUCAUAUGACAUACGACCAGCUACAACAACUUCGAUCCGAAGUUUUCCCAAAGCUUGUGUAUCUUUCAACCUCGCGUCUUGUCGAAGUUACUCCUAUGUCUCAAUUAGCUCAACGUUUAUUUUCCAACGAAUUUCCAAACAUGCGUUCUGUUGACCUUAGUCUUGUUGAAAUUCCGCACUUACGUACAUGGUAUCAAUCGCUAACACUCCGAACAGUCACUGUUCAGUCCAAUAAUCCAACACUCGUUCCAUUUAUUCUAACCGCCACACCCAAACUUCAAUACCUAAAAGUUCAUUUUCUCUCUUCGACAAUACCAAUCUUUUACCAUUCACUAGAAGCUAUUCAUCAUUCACUCAAACAUUUCGUGCUCUUAGAUCCAUACCACAAGCUGUCUUUCAAUCAUAUUCAUACUCUACUUUCAUUCAUUCCAAAUGUUAGCAAAAUUUAUUUGAAUUUCUUAUGUAGAAUUCCGUUUCAUCGUUUCUUACGAAGCUUAGUAAAUCGUCUCCGAGACUUACAACACUUUGAUUGACCGCGAAUUUUCCUGAUUAUGACCAACACGUCAUCGAAAUUCGAAAUUUUACCGAAUGAAUUAGUGAUCAAAAUCUUCGAUUAUCUAAAUACGUUUGAUCUCUUUCAUUCUUUUUACAAUCUUAACAUUCGUUUCAAUUCACUGAUUCAAUCCCUAAAAUCCCUUCAUCUAACUCUUUUGGAAAACAAUCAAUCAUCAAAUGACGUUUAUCUUCUCUCUCCUUACAUUCAUACUCUAAUCCUACUCGGAAAUAUUGACAUUAAACUUCAUCGCUUUCGAAACAUUCGUCGUCUUAUUCUACAUUAUCCGACGAAUGACUUAUUAAACCAAUUUCAUACUGUAACUUUAUCCCAUUUAGAGUAUCUUUCUAUUCCUGAUGUUCUCUUCGGUAUGUCCUCUGUUCAUCAGAAAAUCUUUUCGAAUACAUUUCCUAAUUUGAAAUCGUGUUACCUAUUCGCCUUUGAAACCAUCGAGACAAUCCUGCCAUGGACACAAACACCGUCACUGCGUAUACUAAAAAUUGGCUUUAUUGAUUUUCAUGUUUACAAAGCUCUUCUGUCUGCAUGUCCAAAUUUAUUUUCACUGCAAUUGAAAAUGUUUCAAUCCUAUUUGCAACUUUCCUGUGUAAAAGAACAUUCGCAUUUGAAAAAACUCGAGAUCCAUAGCGAAAUAACCGAUUGGCUUUACAAUGAUCGAUUGAUCGAUAUGUUUCUCGGUUGUGUACCAAAUCUCGAACAACUUACUAUCUAUCGAACUGUGUCCGUUUCGAAAAUUCCAGAACUUAUAACUGAUUACGAUUGGCUAGCUUCGAUUCUUCCUAUAAGAUCACUACAGUUGAAGUCGUUGAAUUUCUGUUUACAUUUAGAAUAUCAUUUCGAAUCGACACAAUCGAUAAAUACCGAAACAUGUCGACAGUUGAAAGACUGUUUCUCUAAUGCGCAUCAAAACCGGUACCAAUCACGAUUCGUUGUCAAAUAA